AUGUGGGUCAAUAUAGGAGAAUUGAAGAAGGGGCUCAAUCCACCAUCUCUCACAGAUUUGGUAUUUGUGUCGCCUUAUUUGACAACAGCUAUCAAAACAGGCCUUGUCGUUGGCAUUAUAGCACUUGCGGAAGGAAUAGCAGUGGGAAGAAGCUUUGCAAUGUUUAAAAAUUACCAUAUUGAUGGCAACAAAGAGAUGAUAGCUAUUGGGACCAUGAACAUAGUUGGUUCUUUCACCUCUUGCUACCUCACAACAGGGCCAUUUUCGCGUUCAGCCGUGAACUAUAAUGCUGGAUGCAAAACUGCGGUGUCAAACAUUGUAAUGUCAAUUGCAGUCAUGUUGACAUUGUUAUUCCUAACACCCUUGUUCCAUUACACUCCCUUGGUGGUGCUAUCAGCCAUAAUUGUAUCAGCAAUGCUUGGCCUUAUAGAUUAUCAAGCUGCCAUCCAUCUGUGGAAGGUUGACAAAUUUGAUUUUGUCGUGUGCAUGAGUGCAUAUAUUGGCGUGGUGUUUGGCAGUGUUGAAAUCGGUUUAGUCAUAGCAGUUGCAAUAUCUGUACUUCGGGUACUUUUAUUUGUUGCAAGGCCAAGGACACAUGUUUUGGGCAACAUUCCAAAUUCUGUUAUAUACAGAAAUGUUGAGCAAUAUCCAAAUGCAAAACAUGUUUCUGGAAUCCUAAUUCUACAGAUUGAUGCACCAAUUUAUUUUGCCAAUGCAAGUUAUUUGAGAGAAAGGAUCACAAGGUGGAUUGAUGAAGAGGAAGACAGAAUUAAAACUGCAGGGGAGACAAGUUUGCAGUAUGUAAUAAUGGAUAUGAGUGCUGUUGGGAACAUUGAUACAAGUGGAAUAAGCAUGCUUGAAGAGGUCAAGAAGAUUGCAGACAGAAGAGGACUACAACUUGUUUUGGUCAAUCCUGGAAGCGAGGUGAUGAAGAAACUGAACAAAUCCAAGGUCCAAGAACAUAUAGGGCAGAAAUGGAUCUAUCUGACAGUUGAAGAGGCUGUUGGAGCAUGCAACUUCAUGCUCCAUGCUUGCAAACCGAAUCCCAAGAAAGACGAAUCAGAGGGUUGGAACAAUGUCUGAGCCAUAUAUCAAAGCAUAUUUUAAAGAGCUCACAAAGCUUACUUGUUUUCGUUUCAACCAUUACAAUAU